AUGCCUGUUCCAUCUUCGCAAAAAGACGUCUGUGAUCUAUGUGAAAAAGCGGGUGAAGUAUUUUCAAAAUUUGGCUUAUUAUUUCGUGAUUUAGACGAUAGUUCAUCAUCAUUCUUACAAGACUCGACUGACGAUAAUAAAACACAACAACAACAAGAGCAACGUCACUCAAGAAGUUCUUUUGAUGUUGGAUGGGAUGCGCAAAGCGUUAAAAUGUUUCGCGAAGCUGUUCAAAAUUUUUCAAUGGCACUUCGAGAUAUUUCCACUAUUGUAGCUGAAAAGCGAACACGAGAACGAUGA